UUAGUGUCUUCCAUUUUGCCAGGGCUCAGCAGCCCUCCUCUGGACAGAAGACAGCCUUGAAGGUUGGCAAUUGCUGGAGGGGAGGGAACAGGUGUUCUGGGUGGAGCCCUGGCCCAGGUGGGGUGAGGACUGUGGAUUUAAACCCAGAGCCACACAGGUGCAGCUCAGAGUUCCGGAAGCCUGAGGGACUGGUGUGUGGAGCCAGAUGGAGCUGGCGGAGCGGUCGGUGACAUGGCCCGGCAGUACCUGGAGAAGGGCCUGCUGGUGCCUGACCACGUGAUCACGCAGCUCAUGGUGUCCGAGCUGGAGCUCCGGAGCGGCCAGCACUGGCUGCUGGACGGUUUCCCAAGGACGCUGGGGCAGGCCGAGGCCCUGGACAGGCUCUGCGACCUGGACCUGGUGAUCAGCCUCAACGUCCCUUUCGAGACCCUGAAGGACCGGCUCAGCCGCCGCUGGGUCCACCCGCCCAGCGGCCGCGUCUACAACCUAGACUUCAAGCCGCCCAACGUCCCGGGCGUGGACGACAUCACAGGGGAGCCGCUGGUGCAGCAGGAGCAUGACAAGCCCGAGGCAGUGGCUGCCCGGCUGCGGCGCUACAAGGACGCAGCCAAGCCAGUCAUGGAGCUGUACCGGAGCCGCGGGGUGCUGCACCAGUUUUCGGGGACGGAGACGAACAAGAUCUGGCCUUACGUUUACGCCCUUUUCUCCAACAAGCUGGCGCCUCUCCAGUCCAAAGAGGCCAACUGAGGUCGGGGCUGCCGACCUGCAUCUUCCGGGCUGCCUCAGCAGCUGGCCGGGACCAAACGGGGAGACCCGAAGGGAGAACCAGCAAGUGUGAGAGCCCAACGGAGGCCUCCUGACCCGGCCCUGCCCCUGCCAUCCACCCUGUGCCCCUGUGACGUGGAAGCCGGCCGCUGUCGCCACAGGGUUCCUGAGCAGCAGCUGCUCCCUGCUCUGGCUUGGGGGACCCCUCUUAGACCCUGGGCCGAGGGAUGGGCUUCCACUGGCCGAAGGCUUUCCGUCUGUUCCCUCAUCCUGCCUCGGGGUCCGCUGGGGGCCGUGUCACACUGGCACUUCCUGUCUUUGUCCCCUCUUCCUGGAACCCAGGGCAGGGACCCCGUGGGUCUCUGAGCCCCGGAGGCUGAGCUUGCGGUGCCCUCGUCUCCACCACUGCCCGACUCUCCCGCUUGCUCUUCUCCUUCUAUUGUGAGAACAUUAGACCUGCAGAGUCUUUGAGAGUUUUCAGAAACACGGAAGACCCGUACAGAAAUGUCACGAGGUCAUCGCGUCCAUGGGCAGAAGUACUCGGACCCUGUGGGGUCAGGGAUGAGUGGGACAGUCGAGCUCUUCACUGCAGCCGGCAGAAUGGAUUCUGAUGGCGCUGCUAACGUGUGUCUUCUCUGGGGCGACUCCAGCAGGUCACCGGGCGGGGCUCGGGGCGCUGCAGCCUUGGGUGGAAGAUCGCAGUCGUUAGGCUGACGACGACAGUAUUGCCAGGAUGUGGAGACAGAGUCUUUUGCUUUUCUCCUGUGUUCCAAAGAUGCAGUCUGUGGGUGGCUGCGAGUUCUAGAAGCACAGGUAGUAACACCUUGCCAUCCAGCCAGCCGCUUGUUAAAGGUGUUCCUGGUCCCGGCUACCUUUCCGCCCUCUCCUCUGGGAAGAAGCGUGAAGUGACUCCCGCUGCCUUACCCGUCCCCAGGGCGUCCUUCACUGUUCCCGGGAGUGACUUCCAUUUGUCCCGGGGCACCAGGGAGCGAGCAGGAAGCCUGUGUCUGCCCGCGGUGAUCUUGAUCUGUCUGCGGCGCCCGGUGCCCGGACCCCUGCCAUGCGCACUCUGGACGCCGGCGCCGCCACCGUCCACCCCUCCCGCUGCCUGCCUGGCCAGUGCUGUGCCCGUGUCCCUCUCGCGAAUGGUCCUCAGCACACGUAGCUGAACUCAGGGUUUCUGCGGAACCAGGUAGAGAGCAACUCGGAGUGGCACUGCCAUGGAGACGGCUUCCCCGACGAGAGAAGGCGGAGUUAAAGCUAUUGAGAGGACAGUGUGUGCCCUGGGGGAGCAGAAACACCUUCCCCUGCCUUAUAACGGAACGAUUGCCUCUGGGGCUUGGGGCAGUGAGAGGGGAGACGGCCGGACCGGACCGAGUGCUUCCCAACCCCUCCUUCCUCCCUUCCACAGGAACUGGGCUGGGGCCACUUCCGGUCAGGCGGAAAGUUUCGGCUGCAUCCGCUGGGGCCGAGACCCUGGCACAGGGCCUCCCCUAGGCCGAGCCCCGGGCUUUGAGGAGGUGAUGGUCACGUUCAGUGGCCUAAGAAAAAGAGUGUUUCUGGUUCUUCUCUGUAAACUCACUAGCGUUCUCCUAGGGUGAGCGGGGUUCGUGGGACUGUUUGGACAGCAGUAAGGCUGCGGGGCCUCUUUCCUUUCCCUUCAGUGCCCCCACUCAGUUCUUCACAUCCCAGCGCGGAGGCUCCCCGAUGGGGCUCCCCGAGUCCUGCCCCCCGCGCCCUGGGCCCUGAGCUGCUCGCUCCCGCCUGGGGCUGCAUCCCAGGCUGGCAGAGGCCAGCGCAGAGGAGCCCGUUCCUCUCCCUCGGCCUUGCGCAGAGGAAGCUGCUGGAGCAGGCUGAGCUCUCACCCCAGCCCCAGUCCUCCGUCCGGUGUGUGCCGAGCAGGCCCCUGAUGUCCUCGCCGAGCCGUCCCGGCUCCUGCUCCUGGGCCUGGGCACCUCGAAGCUGCCCGACAGCCGCUUUCCCUCCUUGAGGUCAGAAAGAGCCCCUGCCCGGCCCCCCGUCCUGCCCCGAUG